AUGUCACCCAUGUUAUUCGCGAUCAAAACGUGGAAGCAAAUAGUAUGCGCCUCGGUGACUGCGGACUUCCUAGUGGCUACUCUACUGAAGUUCGAAAAGCGCGAUGGUCAAUACCUCAGCUAUAUCAGCAAUACGAUAUCGCGUGUUAGAAAUACUGGAUUGCUGCGCAUGUACACUGGAAAACUGGCCGGCCUAGAAAUGCAGGGCGAUGAUGCGAUGCAUAAGGUCUGGGUCGACCCAAACAAGGCGCCUAAUGAACGCAUCGAAAGCGCGUCACCAGUGGGCUUUUGGUACUCGUUGAACGGUAGGCAUGGUAAAGGCAAUAUUGUGAAACCGGUGAGCCUGACAAACGACAGUAUGUUCGAAGAGACUCUGUCUACAUCAUUUGAAGGAUACUUCAAGCAGAGAUUCAGGGGGAGCGCGAAGUCGUAG